ACCACGUGUGGGAGACGAAUCUAUCGGUUAUUCGUCAAACCGUCUUCUCCUAAAAUCUCUGAGCGUAUUCGUCAGACCUACGCACUUGCAUACUUGCAUCUCGCUCGCUUGUGGCGGCUUAAAUUUUUUUUUUUUCUCCCUCUGGAGAUUUCGGCGCCUUUCCUGGUAUUUCACUCUCAAGUUUGUCUGUGAAUUUCCUUGCCACCAUGCCAGUCAAUGAGGAACCAAUAUUGAUAAAGGACAGUACUUUGAUUGAUACGCUGCCAUUUUUCCGACUCAAGCGCUGGCAGUGGUGGCUUUUGGUUGCCCUUAACAUAGUGUUUCUUCUCGUUGGUCAAGCUGCAUCUGUCCUUCUGGGAAGAUUUUAUUAUGACAAGGGUGGAAAUAGUACAUGGCUGGCCACACUCCUCCAAACAGCUGGUUUCCCGAUUCUUUUUAUCCCUUACAUAUUCAUUGGCUCCUCGUGGACACCUUCGAAUUCAGCCAAUCCUUCUCUUAUUAGAGUUUGUUUGAUCUACUUUGUCCUGGGGGCAAUGACAGCUGGGGAUAAUAUGCUCUACUCAGUUGGACUUUUGUACCUCUCUGCCUCUACUUAUUCCCUUAUUUGUGCUUUGCAGCUGGCUUUCAAUGCUGUAUUCUCUUUCUUUAUCAAUCGCCAAAAAUUCACCAUUAUGAUUCUUAAUUCUGUGAUUGUCCUCACGUUAUCUGCUUCUCUCCUUGCUGUUAAUGGUGACUCUAAUGAACCUUCAGGAGUCUCAAAAGGGAAAUAUCUCAUUGGAUUCUUAGCUACACUGGCAGCAUCUGUUCUGUAUUCACUCUUACUUUCUCUUAUGCAACUAUCGUUCCAGAAAGUCCUAAAGAAGGAAACUUUUUCUGUGGUGCUUGAAAUGCAGAUUUAUACAUCUCUGGUGGCCACUUGCAUCUCCAUUAUUGGUCUUUUUGCUAGUGGGGAUUGGUCAACAUUGCAAGGUGAAAUGAACACUUACAGCACAGGAAAACUUUCCUAUGUUAUGACUUUGGUAUGGACAGCAAUUUGUUGGCAAAUUUGUGCUGUUGGUGUGAUAGGUCUGAUAUUUUUGGUGUCAUCUUUGUUCUCUAAUGUUAUCAGUACUCUUUCUUUGGCAAUCACUCCUAUUGCUGCACUCAUAGUCUUCCAUGACAAGAUGAACGGUGUUAAGAUAAUAGCCAUGCUUAUGGCACUUUGGGGUUUUGCCUCUUAUAUUUAUCAGAAUUACAUUGAUGACAUUAAGACGAGGAAGACCCACACCAAUGCUGAAAGGACUACUAAUGACUCGUUGUGCUGAUAAUUUGGAACGGGUGGGAUGGAGUUGUGAAGAUCGCCUGGAAUUUUUGUUUAGAAAGGGUUCAUCUUAUGCCUGAGACGUUUUCUUAGCGUUGUAGGUUAUAAUUUUGUUUUCUAAACUUUACCUUAGCUGAGUGAAUUUUUUUUUCAUAUCACUUGGUAACUGAUUGACACGUUACGCAAUUCAAUUGGAUUAGAGUUAAAAGUUUUUUCA